UUCCUACGUAGGAACAAAUGAGAAGCUGAGACAAUGGAUUACGAUGCCCUCAUUAAGAAGUUGGGAACUUUUGGUCCUUAUCAGAAGCGUCUUUUUUUCAUCGUUUUCUUUCCAGUAAUAUUCAAUUCCUUUGGUACGCCAGUUUCAAAUUUUUUACUUGGAGACCAACUCUAUAGGUGCAAGAUCCCAGGUUUACAGAACGAUACAUAUGCAGUUCAGAAUCAGUUCCACGAUGACGUCAUUAAUGCGACAAUCCCCAAGCAUCCAGAUGGCAGCUACUAUCAAUGUAAAAUCUUGGUCAAUGGAACGAUUGAAAAGUGUUCCGAGUGGGUGUAUGACCAAUCAGUUUUCACACUAACAGUCAACUCCCAGUUUGACCUAGUUUGUGACAACGAAAUCCUACACUCGCUGUCCAUUUCUGCGUACUUUUUUGGCUAUGUCUUUGCCACAGUAACUUUGUGCCCUCUGGCCGAUGUGAUCGGUAGGCGUAAGAUGGUGAUUUUGGCUACCACCCUACAGUUCGUCGUUAACAUAAUCAUGCCUUUCUCCUACAAUGUGGUCAUGUUUAUCAUUCUCCGCUUCUUUGAUGGCACCUGUGGGUUAUCGUAUUAUCAUGGAGCCUUUAUAAUCGGUAUGGAGAUGGUUGGGCCAUCAAAAAGACUGUUUUCUGGGACGAUGAUUUUAGAGGUGUAUGUGUUUGGGGAGUUUCUGCUGUUGAUUUUUGCCUACUUUAUCAGAGAUUGGCGAUGGCUACAACUGGCACUGGCUGUUCCGAUGGUGUCUACGCUAUGUUAUUGGUGGCCUCAAGUCCUACCAGAAUCACCCCGUUGGCUGCUAUCCCGCGGAAGAAACACAGAUGCCGUUAAGAUAUUACGGAAAGCGGCCAAAGCCAAUAGUACGGAGUUUGAGGAUUUACCACGUGACUUUAAACUGGAGGAGGAGGAUAGAGGAGUUCGGGAGAUCCUGAGAGAACUGUUUCACUCCAGAAAGCUGCUGCUCAGAUGGAUUAUCAUUUUCUGUAACUGGUUCAUUAUAUCGUUUAUUUACUACGGAUUAACUCUUCACAUUGGGAAGUUAGGAGGCGACUUGUACAUCAAUUUUGCCAUAUCCUGCGUGAUGGAAUUCAUUGGUUACUUCCUCUGUAUAUUUAUGGACAGAACAGGACGAAAGCCUAUGCAUCUGACAGUGAUGUUCCUCAGUGGAACUGCGUGCCUGGCCUCCGUGUUUCCCGUCCUCUUUGGAGACGAAUCUCACAACUGGAUAAUGAUAGCGUUUUCCAUGGUCGGGAAACUGGGAAUAUCAGCGGGAUUCGGUGAGAUCUUUAUCUACACCGGAGAACUAUUUCCUACAGUCGUCCGGAGCUUGGUGAUGGGAAUUUGUAGCUGUGGAGCUAGAAUUGGUUCUAACAUUUCACCUUAUAUGUACCAACUAACGGAUGGUAAAAUGCAAACAGCUCUUCCAUUGUUAAUUUAUGGAAUCAUUACCAUUAUUGUGGCUCUCCUAUCGAUAACUCUACCGGAAACGAAAAAGCGGAAGCUGUUGGAGCAGGUAGAAGACGCAGAGCACGAGGAAGAUUUAGUGACAGAGAGUGAGACUUCUGAGAAUGAAGAAAAUUCAUAUGUACCAAAGAGGAUGGAAGAAAAUGAUAGUGAAUACUUAAAAUUGACAAAGACCAGUAAUGGAGAACACAAUGAUAUACUGUAAAGUACUGGACGAAAACAAGACUUGAAGAUUCAUUAAGCAGUUGUUAAAGGCUAUACCGACUUAUUCGACUUAUUUUCUUGUAUUCUAUAAUCUAAAUCGAUUGUAUUUCAUAGACUUUGUUAAGUUUUGAAAGGAAAAAUUCAAUUAUUUUCCAACAAUUUAUUACAUAUGCAUUUGUUUAUUUUUGUAUUUUUUAAUAAUAACAUUUC